AACUUGAAAUCAAAACAAGACGUCGUGUUGUUGUGGUCUUUCAUAGCAAGCUGGGGUUUUUUCGAAUUUCGCUUUAUUUAAAUGUUUUAAAACCACUUUUCUACAUGUCCAGUCCAGGAAAAGAAUCUCUCAGAAUCCUGUGCAUUCACGGCUACAGACAAAAUGCAGACGCUUUUAAAGGGAAAAUCGGCUCAUUCAGGAAAAUUUUUAAAAACAAAAACGUCGAAUUUGUUUUUCUAAACGCACCGCACCAAGUUCCACCAGACCCCGAUCUUGAAACUGAAGAAGGAGCGGAUCAACGAGGCUGGUGGUUUUGCACAGAAGACAAAAAAUUCAGCGGGAAGAUGUUUUGCGAGUCAAGUUUCGGACUGCAAGAGAGCAUCACUUUGGUCGAAGAAGCGUUCAGGACUCAGGGACCCUUUGACGGGAUCCUCGGCUUCUCUCAGGGUGCCUCACUCACUGCCCUUUUGUCAGCCCAUUCACAAAUGAAUCCUGAUUCCCCCAUCAAGUUUCGAUUUGCAAUUUUGGUUGCCGGUUUCAAAUCGAGGUGCUCCGAACAUUCCAAAUACUUCGAGCAGAAAAUUCAGAUACCCACCCUUCAAGUGAUGGGAGAAACUGAUAAUGUGAUACCAAAAGAGAUGAGUGAAGAGCUUUCCGAGUGUUUUGAAAACGCAACCGUCACCACACACCCAGGCGGACACUACGUCCCAGCCAGCGGCCAACUGAAGUCAUCCUACCUUAAUAUUGUGAAACAGUUUGAGUGCCCCGAAUGAAAGGUACAGCUUGUUUUAAAUUUUUACAUUAAAAAUUUAAAAAAAAAAAUUGAAUCUA